AUGCGUUUUUCUGUUGUAACCAGUUACUUAUUAUGCGCUGCUGCAUCGUACGCUAAUGCAGCUUCUUUAUUCGGAUUAAGUUUCCCAGAACCACCAUCAGCGAACAAACCGAUCCCUGGUGACUCUCCUUUAUUGCAAUGUGAUGUUGACCAAUCUCAAUCGCUUGAUGUUACUCAAGUAAACUUGGUCCCCAACCCACCACAAAGAGGUGAGAAUUUGACUAUAGCUGCUGCAGGUGUCCUACAAACCACUAUCGAAGAAGGUGCAUACAUCGACAUCGAAGUUAGAUUAGGUUACAUCAAGUUAAUCUCACAAACCUACGAUUUGUGUGAACAAUUGGAGGAGAACGACAUCGACGGAUUGAAAUGUCCAAUCGAGGAAGGUGUCUACGAGUUGAACAAGAUCGUGGAGAUCCCUAGCGAGGUGCCACCUGGCAAAUACUCUGUCAUUGCUAGAGCUUACAACGUCGACGAUGAACAGAUCACGUGCCUAACUGGUGAAGUAAUCUUCCCAGCGUACUAG